AUGCACGCUAUUAUUCUCAAUGGAAUAAACGUUCCUGUCAACAGUCCUCGGGAAGACUGGGUUUAUGUUGGAGUAUGUCUUCGUGUGAACAUGACAGUAUACUUUAGUGUACGUUAUAUCUGGGUGAUCAAUUCAGUGGACACACGCACACAUAUAAAAGCGCCUCCUCUCCCGUCGCGGCAAGAGGCAUCGACGUCGUCCGAGGAGCGAGUGAACUUGUGCUGCGUCAUGUUGGUCGUCGCGGUGUUCCUGGCGGCGAUCCUGGCGGUGGCCGGGAAGGCCCUCGAUCCUACUGGCGCUGAUGAUCCCGUCCAUGUCUUGGAUCCUUCCAGCCUCGUCGGCCAGCUAAAUGUGUCCCUGUUUGAGAAGCUAAUGUUAAGGACUCUGCCUCAAGCAAUGAUCCCUCUGCACCACAACUGCACCGACUACAGCGAGACGGGCGACUGCGGCCUGGUGGUGGAGAACGAACUGUGCAGCACCGAGUUAUUCUACGCGCGAUACUGCUGCCGCUCCUGCACCCUGGCCAAGCAGAUCCCCACUUACGGGCCUCACCUCAGGCUCACCGCGAAAAUCCCUGUAACUGCCAACAUCACCACUAACACAAGGGAAUUACUUUAUGGCGAGAACCUCACCGUCACCUGCGAGGUCUCUGGGUCUCCGGUGCCUGAAGUGCUGUGGUUUUUGGACGACAGGUACUUCGACGCCAGUGGACAGCCGAAUACAACAGUUGAAGACCUGGGAGGAAUCCUGACGAAGACGAGACGAGAAACUAUCACAAUACCGAACACCAUUUAUACUAAUUAUUUCCACUGCAUCUGUGUAGCCAUGAGCACUGAGGGGCGGCACGAAAGCCACCUAGAUGUUUCUAUCAAAAAGGAUACAGACAUAUCAUUUGAAAUUUUACCGGGAGGGAGAUUAUUUACUCUCACGGAAAGUAUAACUUUGGAGUGUACUGCUAACGGAGUCAGCCUGAAGGAAAUCGGUUGGAAGAUGAAUGACGAGAUCCUCCAGAACUCCGACAGCUAUAAGAUUACUGAGGAUAGGAUUGUGGAAGAUGAAGAGACAAGGAUUCACUCCAACAUCACUUUCCUGCGACCAAAAGUUAUGAACGGCUAUGUACUGUGUUUCGCGACCACUCUCGCCGGGGAUUUCAAGACUACUUCAACACGCUUAAUAGUGAAUGAUAGGGACGUUCACCCAAGCUGCAAAGACAUCGCGGACAGGCAGGAGUGCUUCGACGGCAGGUUCAAGUGCGAAAUAGAUUACGUUAAAUAUUACUGCUGCAGAACUUGCACCCUGGUAGGCGCAAUGCCCGUUGGGCCGCCCCUUCCAAGCAGCGCUAAGGCACCACUGGACGUUUACUUCUGGUUAUACUCCAGGUACACUCACUACGGAGACAAUGUAAUAAUGACCUGUGAUACUUCUGGUUAUCCCGGGAAACAGAAAAUUGUGUGGUAUAAAGGGAACACAAUGAUUCAAGAGACUGACCACCACCGCAUAGAAGAAACGGUGGUGAAGUCACCAAUGUCCUGUGACGUCAGUUCUUCCCUCAUCAUCAUGGGACUGGCAAAGCGCGACUUCGGCAAGUACACGUGCAAAGUGGUCAAUGAUAUCACGGAGUCAGAAUCAAGUGCGAUGUUGCAGAUAUUACGCGACGGAGACAUUUUGUUGCAAGGAUAUGACUAAAAGCCGCAACUGAGAGAAAGAGCUGUUUUUACAGUACGUUUUACGUUGCUGGAAACUAAUUCAGAAUUAAAUGCUCCUUGUUUUACUUUCCUAUGCAAAUUAAAAGUUUUUUUUGUAGCAUUUCCGAAAUCCCUAACAUUUUUUUACACUUUUAUACAUGCUUGCCCUUUACGCGUACAUUAUUGGAACCUGUCGAUAUUUGCAUGCCUGCAAUUUGAUACGAUUUGAUACGCUCCGACCAGCCAAUCAGACCGCGAUAUUUUUCAGGUAUAUUUCACGGAGUCUCAGUUAAGGAUUUAUAUUUUUAUUAAUUACAAAUUGCAUCAUAAGAUUAUUGAUAUAACUUAUUGUUGAAUAAAAUGUCUCUGUGCCUUUUUAUUAGUGCAUCAAAUACAUAUUAUAUGGGUAAGAUUUGAAGUCAAUCAUGACGGUCGCCUUAACAACAUGGUAAGAAUUUCCAACGUGUCCUAGUCAUAUGACGUGCUAUUGACUUCAGUGGGAUGAAUGUCUUUAAAAUCAUUCUUACAUCUAUGAUAUAACCUUACACGUUCGAAAAUAUCAAAGAAAAUGUUGCAUAUCUUGAUUUGUUGAUAUAAUUCAAUCAAUAAGUCAAGUAAAUGCCCGUGAUCAUUGGACUUACCAAGUUGUCUGAUUUGGACACGAAGCUCACUCGCUGUGGAUACGAUAAGAUGCAAAACCUUAAACAACUUCCAUUUUUCAUAUGAAGAACUAUGUAUGCAAUAAGGAAAAACAUAUUUUGACAGAAUCAGAGAAAUACAUCUAAACUUUCCAAAAUUUAGUGAAGUAGAGAGUAGUGUGUAUAAAUAAUAUAAGUUGCAGAGUAGUGAGGCACUUUUUUCUAUUUUAUUUGAAUCUUCCACAAUAUCUUGCUUGUAAUUAAAAAACAAAAUGAAAAAUAUCCAAAGAAACACAUUGGAGUAUGAAUAUGA